AGAACAGGCAUUAGUGCUAGGUACCAAUCGGGGUCCUAGGGGAGACCGAAUUGCCAUUGACAACUGUCGAAGAAUUAUUAUAGUGUUUAUUAAGUUCACAAAAACCGUUGACACAGUCAACGCCGAUAGUCAUCUGGAGUGAGUACAAACGAAGAGAGUAAAGGCUGCGCGAUUCUUCCAGAGGGACAGAUGCUGCGUCGUGGCCUAUGUUGCAUCUCUGGUUUGUUUACAUCAUCGGAUGGAUUCGCACACCGUUGUUCGUGGAUGAAUGCUACUGAAAAUCGGAUCGGCUGAUCUGAUAAUUGUUUCUUCAUUACUUUGUUCUUCAGUUUCACUGUUUCAUUGGAUUUCAGAUCAAGAUUUACACAAUCAGUGAAGACAUAAACAAAUAAAUGCAGGAAUAAUUUAUUAAAGAGGCCACUUUAUCCAAAUGUUGCAAUAAUACAAUGUCUACAAGCAGGUAUUGUGUGAACAAUCAUUAAAGAGGAAAUCAAUACUGAGAAACAAAGAGAUUCACUCUCGAUUCUUCAUUAAUUAUCGAUCUAAAGGAACUGGAAGAAACAUCAUCAGUGUCAGGAACAUCAUUCCAUAAUGGCAGAAAUAUCUUCUGGUUGUUUGCAGAUGAAAAACACUUUCUGUCCAAAAAGAAAGCAAAGAACAAAUGCCAGCAAAUCUUUUACUUGCCCUCACUGUGAAAAGGAAUGUAAAAGUAAAGGACACCUUGUGGAGCACAUAAAAAUCCACUCUGGAGAGUCCCCAAACACAUGUCUUCAGUGUGGAAGGAGUUUUGUUCAAAAAAGUAGUCUUAAGAUCCACAUGAAGAUUCACACUGGACAGGACCAAUUCACAUGUACUCAGUGUAAAAAAUGUUUUAAUUAUAAAUCAAGUCUCAAGGUGCACAUGAGAAUUCACACUGGAGAGUCCCCAAACACAUGUCUUACGUGUGGAAAGAGUUUUACUCAAAAAAACGCUCUUAAUAUACAUACGAGGAUUCACACUGGAGAGCGCCCAUUCCCAUGUCUUCAGUGUGGAAAGAGUUUCACCAGGAAAGAUAGACUUGCAAAUCACAUGAAGAUUCACACUGGAGAGCGCCCACACAUGUGUCUCCAGUGUGGAAAGUGUUUCUCUAGGAAAGAUAGACUUGCGUUUCACAUGAAGAUUCACACUGAAGAGCGCCCACACAUGUGUCUUCAGUGUGGAAAGAGUUUCACUCAAAAAACUAAUCUUGAUGCCCACGUGAAAAUUCACAGUGGAGAGCGGGCAUAUCCAUGUCCUGAGUGUGAAAAGAGUUUCAUUACAAAAGCAUAUCUAAAGAAGCACAUAAGAGUUCACACUGGAGUUCGCCCGUACAUGUGUCUCCAGUGUGGAAACACUUUCACUCAAAAACGUAGUCUUGAUGUCCACAUGAAAAUUCACACUGGAGAGCGUCCGUUCCCAUGUCUUCAGUGUGAAAAGAGUUUCAUAAGGAAACGAUGUCUUAAUGUCCACAUGAGAGUUCACACUGGAGUGUGCCCGUACAUGUGUCUCCAGUGUGGAAAGAGUUUCACUCAAAAACCUAGUCUUGAUGCCCACAUGAAAACUCACACUAAGGAGCGUCCAUUCACAUGUCUUCAGUGUGAAAAGAGUUUCAGAGCGAAAGGAAGUCUUAAUAUCCACAUGAGAGUUCAUACUGGAGAGCGCCCAUACAUCUGUCUUCAGUGUAAAAAGAGUUUCAGAGCGAAAGGAACUCUUAAUGUCCACAUGAGAGUUCAUACUGGAGAUGGGCAAUAAUCAUGUCCUAGGUCGGAAAAGAGUUUAAUGACAAAAACAUGUUCAAGUUCUGAUGUCAUACACAAGAGGGCGCAUGGUCCAAUAUUUUUGAUUUAACACGACUGCUGAUAACAUGCGUCGCUGAGUGCGGUGGCGCAUGCCUGCAAUCCAAGCUACUGGGAGUCUGAGUCUGGUGGAUCGCUUGAGUUCAGGGGUUCUGGUCUGUAGUGGACUAUGCCGAUCGGGUGUUCACACUAAGUUCGGUACUGAUAUGGUGAUCCUGGGGGAGCCAGAGACCGACAGGUUGUCUAAAGAGGGGUGAACCGGCGCAGGUCGGAAACGGAGCAGGUCAAAGCCCCCGUGCUGAUCAGUAGUGGGUUUGUGCCUGUGAAUAGACGCUGAAUUCAGCCUGAACAAUACAACGAGACCCAGACUUUUGUGUUUAUACCCAGGAGUUGAAAUGAGGGCACAAUUAAAAACAUGUCAUCUUUCGCAAGUGCCCGUAGUCACUGCAAGCCAAUGAAAAUGCUUCUUUAACAGUGCGCGCCAUCAGGCAACAGAAAUGUUAAUGAGAUGAGAUCACUUUUCAAGAACAGUCGUGACCUUUCACAAUACUGCUAUUAACAAAAUAUUAUCCACGUGACUACAGUAUGCAGGUAUUUAUGGUGGUGUAAAUUACACACUCUAAAAUGGCUGGGUUAUUUUUGACCCAUAAUGUGUAAAUAUUGGAUGGAACACAUGCUGGGUUAAAAAUUACCCAAUGUUGGGUUGUUGUUAUCCAACCAUUCAUGGGGUGUAAUAACCCAGCAGUUGGGUUAAAAUAACUCAGCAAUGGGUCAAUUUUUAACCCGAUAUUUGUUCAAUAUUUACCCAUUAUGGGUCAAAAAUAACCCAGCCAUUUUUUCAGUGUAGGGACAAAAGUUUGUUUUCCACAGAUUGGUGUCUGAAUGCUUUUUGUAUUGCCCAUCACUUUCGUGACGCUGCAGCCAUUUAAAGUAAUGCUCAACUGAUAAAAUAUUUAUGUGAUUUCAUUGUGAAUACUUUUCUAUUGAAAAUAUUUGGUUUGUACUUUGUAAAUAGUUGUUUAGGUUUCUCGUUCAUUAAAUGUUUUCUUUGAAUCAGACUA